AUGCUGAGAGAGAUAUUUAAGGUUCUGGUGGGAAGGGGGUUGGACACUCCUACAGAAUUUGUGCAAGCACACAAAGCCUUCAGACCACGGAGAGCCCCGGAUUGUCCACCAUGGGAUAUGAUUUGCUGCAUGGCCAAUUUUAGACAUAAGGAGGGCAUACAGGCCACUAGGAAUUCACCACAGCUGAUAUAUAAAGCCAACACUGGGCUACUGGUGGACACUCAAGCCACUAACCAGGACUCUAGCCAUUCAGAUAAUCUGCUACUGGUGAAAAAUACCUACCGGACUGAUGGUAUUCACACCAGAUGGCCAGCAGAUACUACACUCACACAAGGAUUAUGUGGCCUUGGAAGAGGCUCUACAGCUACCACCUCUUAA